AUGUCCACCAAGGUCGAGCUAUACAUGGAGAUGGGAACGGUGGUAACAGACCACGAGUACCACACAAGAUAUAUUCUAAAGAAGCUUCUUGGAAGGGGAGCAUAUGCACAGUGCUAUCUAGUGGAGAUAGAGAAUGGGGAGCAGUACGCCAUGAAGGUGGUCAGGCUGAAGGACAUUAAGAGCCGAAAGGUGCAUGAGAAGCUAGAGUCGGAGAUAGCAAUACACUCAAGGCUAGACAACCCUAAUGUUGUCAAGAUGUACAGGUCGUUCAGGAACGAGGAAUAUGUCUUCAUGGUUCUUGAGCUUUGCGAGCGAGGGGCGUUGGAUGCUCUGCUGAAAAGAAACGGAAGGCUGAAGGAAAGACAUGUGGCAAGGUUUGUCAAGCAAACUGUCGAGGGCCUUAUAUACCUCCACGACAGCGUCAAUGUUGUGCACAGGGACUUGAAGCUUGGAAACCUGUUUUUGGACUCGAAGUUCAAUGUAAAGAUCGGGGACUUUGGACUGAGUGCAGUGAUAAAGGAUGGAGAGAAGAAGGUUACGAUGUGCGGGACGCCGAACUACAUAGCACCCGAGGUUCUGUUUGGAAAGGCGAGCGGGCAUUCCUUUGAGGCCGACAUAUGGUCUCUGGGGGUUAUUAUAUACACACUACUUAUUGGAGUUCCUCCGUUUCAGAAGAAGAAUGUAGAGGACAUCUACAAGAUGAUAAAGCUCAACAACUACAUAUUUCCGGAGAACUGCGACCUCUCGAGCGAGGCGAUUGACCUCAUAACACAGAUACUGAACACAAAUCCUCUUGAGAGGCCAACGCUGCAGAAUAUUCUUGGGCAUAAAUUCCUGUCAAGGAAAGAGCACUUUUUGAUGAGGAUAUACAGAAACCUGGUGAUCAACAGAACGCAGGAGGGUGUUGUAGACUCCGACUACGUGCUUUUCAGCAUCCCUGUGACGAGGCUAAGAGGCAUUGGAUAUGUUUUGAAGUCUGGGGUUUAUGGAAUAUAUUUCAGUGACCAUAAGAACCUGAUGCUGAAGCCAAACAAGAAGAGUGUGAUAUACCUAAACUCUGCUGUAGAGAAUGGGAAAAGGGUGUUCUACAAGGAGGAGCAUCUUGUCGAAAAAAUACCUGGAGAGAUUCUGGAGCUAUACAAGGGCCUGCAGUAUUUCAUCAGAACAUUUGAUAACGGAUUUAGCUUUCUGGAUGUAGAGCCUUGUUUUAUUGUGAAGAUAAGAAAGAUAGAGUGUGGGUUUUUAUUUGUGAUGGCCGAUAGCACCAUUGUGUUUGACUUUGUUGAUGGAUGGAGAGUAGUGCUAUCGAGGUGUGGAGAAAGGGUUUCGUGCUACAAUGGACUUGGGCUUGCCUCAUUUAGUCAAGAGAUAAGAAAGAGAUGCAUAGAGAUUCUAAAGAACUGUCUUGGAUGUGAAUGA